UCGGCAGGUAUUCGAUUGCAUUGUAUUGAUUGCACCGUAAGGAGAGUUAAACGGCGGACUCCGUGCAGAUAGUACAGAGAGAAAAGUCUUUCGCUUCCCAACCACAAUGGUGGCAAAUCUGCUCGUCCGCGCGCUGCAGCGACCAGCCGCCCGCGUUGGCAGCUGCUACCGUAGCGGCGGCGCGUGCCGGUACCUCUCCUCACAAACUUCUUCCGCCACGUUCCCGACCACGUCGGACGAGAUAGUGGUCGAAAAGCUCACCGGUGAGCGUUCAGGCAUCGCCGUCAUCGGCUUCAACCGACCGCGGGCCAAGAACGCAAUCGGCAAGGUCUUCCUCAAGCAGCUCGAGUCGACCUUGGACUGCCUCAAGUACGACGACUCCCUCCGAGUCCUCAUCGUGCGAAGUCUCGUGCAGGGCGUCUUCUGCGCCGGCGCCGACCUGAAGGAGCGCGCCGCCAUGCCCGUCCAAGAGGUCGGCCCCUUCGUGGCUCGACUCCGCGGCGCUACGGUCGCCCUAGAAGAGAUGCCCGUGCCGACCAUAGCGGCCAUGGAUGGUGCCGCCCUGGGAGGAGGACUGGAGUUUGCCCUGUCCUGCGACCUGAGGGUGGCCUCUAACUCGGCCAAGAUGGGGCUCGUGGAGACCACCCUGGCCAUCAUUCCCGGUGCCGGCGGGACCCAGCGGUUACCGCGGGUCGUAGGCAGAGCCAAAGCCAAGGAACUCAUAUUCACCGGUAGAGUCCUGGACGGCGAGCAGGCGGAGGGCAUCGGACUAGUAAACUACGUAGUGGAACAGAACAAGGAAGGCGACGCCGCCUUUCAAAGGGCUCUCCAAUUGGCAGAGGAAAUCAGGCCGCAGGGACCGAUCGCCCUGCGGAUGGCCAAGCUGGCCAUCAACAAGGGCAUGGACGUUUCUAUCAGCAACGGGCUGGACUACGAGAGGGCCUACUACGUGCAGGUGACGCAGUCAAAGGACAGGGUAGAGGGACUCACCGCCUUCAAGGAGAAGAGGAAACCCAACUAUGUGGGGGAGUGAUGCGCUACCCAGGUGUUGACGUGAAUAAAAGAACCGGUAUUCUUGUUUCUGUUAGGUGUGUGCUAUGUGCAUUCCUUUGUUUGUACAGUGUGCAUAUCCAAGAUGGUGCAACCAUUAUAAACUCUCCGCGACUAAAGCCCAAGAUGAACGAUAGCGUUAUCGGCAGUAUACUACAGUGUGAUUGAAAGGCCAAUGUCGUGUGGUCAUAAUAUACUGCAACAUGUGACUGCAUAGUAAUCCGGUGCAAACUCUAAUCUACUGCAGAUGUUCUGUCAUAGUUUGCUAAUCUGCAUGUUGAGAAUACAUGCAAUUCCAUAAUUGGAAAGUUUUGACAUGUCCUGCGUUCCAUUAGGUACAUUGGCUUUACAGUACCCCAGGCAUCGGUUGACAUUUUGUUAACCACUCUCUUUGAGAUAUGUUUCUCCACAUGUCUUCACGUCCCAAAAGCAUCAGAAAGGCAACUUGUUCAUUGUUGUGCAACUGUGAAUAAUUUAAGGUGGAAAUGAAAUAAAUGCUCUCAGUUUCAAA